CUUCCUGCCAGAUGUGCAGAUGAACAUGUCCAGCCUGCACAUCCGUAUUUCAGAGUAGUGCGGGUUUUGGUGUUGUGUUUUUUUUUUUCUCAGGUUGCGUAAGUCUGUCUCUGAGCAGGAGGAUGGAAGGAAGCGAAGCGGAUGAGAAUGAGAGCUGCUCGGUGUGGAAACAGUUUCAGGCAAAAGCAAAGCCUCUGCUGAGUCCCAAACUGAGCGGCAGAGAGCCGGACGAUCAGAGCAAACGGAGCAUGUGGAUGUUUAAGAAAACAAGGCGGAAGGAGACCGUGGCUUUGGACCGGGUCAUCUCCUCCUCUCAGCCCGACCUGCUCUUCUCCUCUCAGGAGGUUCCGAUCAGCGGCAGAGCGGCCGGGAGCGGAUCCCUCCUCGGCCGGGAGAAGAUGCACUCUUCCAUCAAGCGCAGGUCCACGGGCGCGUCUAAACCCACGGUGGCUCAGCUGGUUCAGUCCCACCAUAAGAGCUCCUCGCUGGGCUCUGCGUGCCUGGAGAGGCUGGCGGAGCCUCCGAGCGGCAGCCGCGCGGAGGAAGGAGCCACAGCGGAGGAAACACAUCUGGAGGGGAGGGAGGAGGUGCAGGCGGGCAUGGGGGCAUCCUUCUCCUCAGGGACGUCUGCUGAGGCAGCCGCCCCGUCCUCAGGGAUGUAUAAGCUGGAGAUCGAGCUGAAAAGAGGACACAACCUGGCCAUCCGGGACCGAGGAGGCACCAGUGAUCCCUACGUGAAGUUCAAGCUGGCUGGUAAAGAGGUGUUUAGAAGUAAGACCAUCCACAAAAACCUGAACCCGGUUUGGGACGAGAAGAUAACGCUGGUCGUGGACAGUCUGAGCGACCCUCUGUACGUUAAGGUGUUUGACUAUGACUUUGGUCUUCAAGACGACUUCAUGGGUUCUGCUUUUCUUUACCUGGAGUCUCUAGAACAGCAGAGGACGAUACCUGUGACUUUGGUGCUGAAGGACCAUCAGCUCCCCAAUGAGGACCUGGGCUGCCUGGAGCUGGCAGUAACCCUGACGCCUAAAAACAGCCCCAUAGAGGAGCAGCGAGACCCAGCGACCAUGCUGCUCAGGAGAUCCUGGAAACGAUCCACGAAGCAGCAGCAGUCAAUGCGUCUCACUGAGGUUCACCGUAAAUCCCAGCUGUGGCGAGGGAUCGUCAGCAUCACGCUAAUCGAAGGUCGUAACCUCACACCCAUGGACCCCAACGGCCUUAGUGACCCCUAUGCCAAGUUCAGGCUGGGACCACAGAAGUACAAGAGCAAGACGAUGGCAAAGACCCUGAGUCCUCAGUGGAGGGAGCAGUUUGACCUUCAUCUGUAUGAAGAAACAGGAGGCGUUCUGGAGAUCACAGUGUGGGACAAAGACACCGGGAGGAGAGACGACUUCAUCGGACGCUGCCAAUUAGACCUCUCCACUCUGGCGAAAGAGAAGACCCAUCACCUGGAGCUGCCGCUGGAGGAGUCCCGUGGCAUCUUGAAUCUACUGGUCACUCUGACUGCUUCCGCCGCCGUCUCCAUCGCUGACCUGUCCCUUACGCCGCUGGAGGACCCAGAGGAGCGCAGAGAGAUCCUCAAACGAUAUAGUCUGAGGAAGUCCUUUUUUAAUCUGAAGGACGUGGGUAUUGUCCAGGUGAAGGUGCUGAGAGCAGAAGGACUUAUGGCUGCAGACGUAACGGGAAAGAGUGACCCUUUCUGCGUGCUGGAGCUGAAUAACGACAGACUGCAGACACAUACUAUAUACAAAAAUCUCAACCCUGAGUGGAACAAAGUCUUCACCUUCAACGUGAAAGAUGUCCACUCAGUCCUUGAGGUGUCAGUGUUUGAUGAAGACAGAGACAGAAGUGCAGAUUUCCUGGGAAAAGUAGCCAUCCCUCUACUAAAUGUCCGCAACGGCGUCCAGAAAGCAUACGUGCUGAAAAACAAGGAGCUCACCGGGUCCACGAAAGGAGUCAUCUUCCUGGAAAUCGAAGUCAUCUACAACACUAUAAAGGCUGCUAUAAAGACUGUGGUUCCUGCAGAGCAGAAGUACAUUGAGGAAGAACCAAAAGUUUCUAAACAGUUGCUGCAGCAGAACUUUAACCGAGUGAAGCGAUGCAUCAUGGUCCUCCUCAGCUACGGUACCUACAUCAACACCUGCUUUGAGUGGGAGUCGUCACAAAGGAGCAUCAUUGCAUUUAUUCUGUUUGUGGUGGUGGUGUGGAACUUUGAGCUCUACAUGCUGCCCCUCGGCCUCGUUCUGCUGCUGGUCUGGAACUACUUCUUCUCAUCAAGCAGAGAAAUGUCUGAGGCGUCCAUGGAGACCAUGUUUGAUUGGGAGGAUGAAGAAGAAGACAAAGAAGAAAGGGACUCAGAGCACAAAGGCUUCAUGGAUAAACUCUACGCCAUCCAGGAGGUGUUCAUCAGUGUGCAGAGUGCCCUGGAUGAAGUAGCAUCGUUUGGAGAGAGGUUAAAGAACACCUUUAACUGGACAGUGCCUUUUCUGAGCUCGUUGGCGAUCGCUGCCUUAUGUUUGGCCACAUUUCUGCUCUACCUCAUACCACUACGAUACCUUGUGCUCGCAUGGGGUGUGAAUAAGUUCACCAAAAAGCUUCGCGAUCCAUACAGGAUCGAUAACAACGAGCUUCUUGACUUCCUGUCCAGAGUCCCGUCUGAUGUUCAAAUGAUGCAGUAUUAUGAUCUGAAGAUGGAUCCCGGACAAAGCCCCAACAAACGCAGGAGGACCAACCCGAGCUAGCUCUAAACUGUGUCAAUUUAUUGUAAUUUUAGAUCUGAUUUAUUAACAGUUUCUCUUGUAUAUUUGAUUCAGAUGCUGAGAAAUAUUUUUUUUUAUUUUCUUCCUACCAGACUGAAUUAUUUUAUAAGUAUUUGAAAGAAAAUGCAAUUUGUUAUUUUUUUUUUAUUCCAUUUAUUUUUCUCCAUAUAAACAUGUUUAAGUGAUGAAAAAUGAAUUUGUGUUACACGUGCAGUCUGCAUGCAGUGCUGGUGUUGCAUGAACUCUCCAAAAACAUUUCUUUUGAAUUGAAUGUAUUUUCAGCGUGUGACUUUUCUAAAAUCAGAGCUGCAUGCUGUUCCUGCUGCUUAUUAGUCAAAUCCUCCUAGAUCUGCACCGUUCACUUUUAUACUUUAAUUUAGUUUUUCCUCUAAUUCAUGUCAGCAAGGCAAAGCAGUGCUAUUGUGUGAAUUAAGCACCAAAUAAAUCUCACUUAUUUUUUCUCAGGAUAACUACUGCUAAAAGAUUUCUCAACUGAAAUGGAUCAUUUUGAAAUAAGGUGUGAUUUUAAAAAGGUUUGCUUGUUUAAAACAUGUGCAAACUGAGUAGCGUGUGCAAAAAUAAUCUCCAGACCGGGUGCUAUAAAUACUGCUUGUGUAAAAUUAGCAGAAGAGUUGGCUCAAACAUUUCUUUGUGUCUGCUUUUAUAUCUUGCUUAGCAGACUGUGCAUAAUACUGGAAGGAGCAUAUGCAAAUACAAAAUGUGUGAUUUCCUUACAUGUCGUGACAGGGAAUUGCUUUUAUUAAACCAUAAUGACCAAUACUGUACUUAUAAUUACAUUAUUGCAAUAUUUUUGGUCAGGAGGUUGUUUAAGGACUUGUUUGAGGCAAAUCCAACUCAUCGUGCAAGUCUGAGCGUCGCACCUUCUCUUAAUUUCUAUGGCUUGGGGGGGUUUUUCCUGGUUUAGGUAAUUAAUCUGUUAAAUGUAACUUAUUGUUUUCAUCUUGUUGCUUUUUUAAGGUAGUUUAAAGCACAUCAAAAUAUUUACUUGUUCAGUGCGCUAUGAACAGCAUUUAGCCAUCAUUGUUUGGGGUAAUGAUGAUUACCUCCUACCCCAUGGUUUAGAGAUCUUUAUCUUUGUUUAAUCCCAAACUGCCAGCAGCCACAGCAAUUUAUUUAUAUUAAUGGGGUGGAACCAAACCAGUUUUGCAUGUCCAUUGCACACAAUCAGAUCACGUGGAAUGCACCCACUAAUUGCACCUUUUUUCUUUUGCAUUCCCAGUUUAGCAUUCCUUAUAUUUAAAUAUGAAGUUUCUAGUUUUUUUUACCUCCGGUCUAUAGCAUUCCUUUCUGAGUUUGGAUAAAACAGCUUUGCGUGCGUGAUGGUGGCUAAUGAAUGAAACAGCUCAAAUCUCAGGAAUGUGUUCACAGUUUAUCUGAAUGCCAUUUUCUAAGAAUUAAAGCACCUUCUGUCUUACAGUCUUUUGCUUAUUUAUAUAAAAUGAAACUCCUGCUUUUUAUCCAGAUGUUCUGCAAACUUAUUAUCAGUCUUUGUUAAUGGUAGUGGGAGGUUAAAUCCCUGUGAGUCUGUAGGAAAGUGAAGAAGGCCUCAGGGCUGUGGGGGGCUGAUCCUCCUCCACCCAUCCUGUGGUUUUUAGCUGAGCUUAGCUAUUAACAACGAAUCAUGAUCAUAUCCUUGUGAUAUAAUGGUAGGUUAGUUGAAAAGAAGCACAGUUUUAAAGGUGACUCAUCUUUGCACAACAUGACCCCUGAUCAGCUGCUACAUAUCAGCCUGCUCCAAGUCGGGCAGCUGUGGAGAAAACAUCUGGAUUUAGGGAUCUGGUAACUUCCAGUGGUCUCAAAGACAUUUGGAACUGAUUUGAACCCAGAAUAGCUUCCUUUACCUGUUGGUCAAUGAUUUAUGCAUCAUGCUAUUUCAUUUUAGCCGAGAAAUUGCAACAUACAUAACAGUGGAUAUGUGGUUUUUGUAUUCUUUUAAUUAUUUAUUUCUGUGUAUCAAUUUUAUCAAAAAAUGGCAGAAUGAAAACCUAAUUGAAUUUAAUUCAGUUUAUUUAUAUAGCGCCAAUUCACAACACAU